AUGUCAGUCAAACCGAGUCUAGUCAGGAGUGGGAAGAGGAGCCGAAUCGCUACAACCAAAGAGAAGUCAGAUAAGAAGCCAGAAGUCAAGUUGUCGGAUAUACAAGGGAAUAAGGGAAAGCUAGCGACUCGGGUAAUGACUGCUUUCACAGGCAUCUUCCCAGUGACUGAUGCCGGGAUUAAUAACUUCAAUUACCUCAUAAGGUCCAAUGAACCUAGAUGUCAGUUUCUUAGACGGAUCCUUGAGACGGAGAUUUUUGCGCUGAAACCUCGAGACAAGUUAUCAGAUUUCAGCUAUGAGGACCCCUCUUUCCUCCAUGACCUGGAGCUGCACACAGGGAAGGCGUACCCCAAUCUGGGCAGCGCCCCGCAAUACACUGAACAGUCCCUGUAUUACUGGCAGUCCUAUAACCAAGGACUGGACUCAAACCAGGAGGAAUAUCCUCAAUCCUUCCAGAAUCUCCUCCCUAACCCCGCCCACAGCGACGACUCCUUAUACCACAACAGGGAGGAGCUACAGCCUAACCCCGCCCACAGCAACAACUCCUUAUACCACAACAGGGAGGAGCUACAGCCUAACCCCGCCCACAGCGACAACUCCUUAUACCACAGCCAGGAGGAGCUACAGCCUAACCCCGCCCACAGCGACAACUCCUUAUACCACAGCCGGGAGGAGCUACAGCCUAACUCCGCCCACAGCGACAACUCCUUAUACCACAGUCGGGAGGAGCUACAGCCUAACUCCGCCCACAGCGAAGACUCCUUAUACCACAGCCGGGAGGAGCUACAGCCUAACUCCGCCCACAGCGAAGACUCCUUAUACCACAGCCGGGAGGAGCUACAGCCUAACUCCGCCCACAGCGAAGACUCCUUAUACCACAGCCGGGAGGAGCUACAGCCUAACUCCGCCCACAGCGAAGACUCCUUAUACCACAGCCAGGAGGAGCUACAGCCUAACUCCGCCCACAGCGAAGACUCCUUAUACCACAGCCGGGAGGAGCCCUUCCCCAUGGCCGACGCCUACCCCGGCAAGAUGGCCCCUGGCUCGGUGGGGGAUGAGAGCUUCUCCUGGGCAUCUCAAGAAUGGCACAACUGGGACGACACCACCUGGAUGACCUGCAGCCAAUCCCUGGAUGUGAUGAGCGGCAGCAGACAUAGAGCGCCCCCCACAGGCUUCCAUUACACUGACAGCGGCUUCUAUCAGACAUCCAGCCUCACUGGUCUCGGAGCCGGCGCCGAAAAAGACAUAUACUACCCAGCGCAUGGCCAGAGGAGCGCCAAAGUAAAGGACGGCAAGCCCCCAACAUCAGCUAAUGCGGGUCCAAUCCAGCUCUGGCAGUUCCUCCUGGAAUUACUCCAAGACGCCUCCUGUCAGAAGUUGAUCAGCUGGACGGGCAAUGGUUGGGAGUUUAAGCUCUCCGACCCCAAUGAGGUCGCUCGCCGAUGGGGGAAACGGAAGAACAAACCGAGGAUGAACUACGAGAAGCUGAGCCGCGGUCUGCGCUAUUAUUACCACAAGAACAUCAUCCACAAGACCGGCGGGCAGCGUUACGUCUACAGAUUCGUCUGCGACCUCCAGGACCUCCUGACCCGACCCUCACCGGGCCCCCAGCACCAAGCCAAGGGCCACAGGCCGAAGACCCUGUGAGGAGCCGGCGCCGCCCUGCGCCAAAGACUGAGAACGCCACAUAGGGCGACGGGACCCCCGACCUGCAGUCAGAGCGCCCCCUGUCCAAGCACUGAG